AUGAAGUUCAUCAACAACAAGGCGAACGUGGAGGACUGGGGCAUGACCUUGGCCGAGAGCCCGGAGUACGAGUGGGUCGAGGUCGGCCCCGUGGGCAAGUACGGCGCCUGCUGCGCCGAGUUCGACAUCCUCGAGGCGAACAACCAGGCGAUCGCGAUCACGUCGCACCCCUGCACCAUCGAGGGGCUACAGACGUGCUCGGGUGCCGAGGACCUCGAGUGCGGCAACAAGAGCAAGGGCCUGCCGGGCUUUUGCGACAAGGACGGCUGCGGCCUCAACCCGUACCGCAUGGGCGAGCCCACUUUCUACGGCCCCGGCAGCAAGUUCACGUUGGACACGUCCAAGCCGUUCACCGUAGUCACCCAGUUCGUCACCGAGGAUGGCACCGACGAAGGCGCACUCGUCGACAUCCGGCGCAAGUACGUCCAGGAUGGCCAGGUCAUCGAGAACGCCGUCGCCACCGUCCUGGACGAGGCCGACCAGGGCAACUCCCUGACCGACGACCUGUGCUCGGCCACCGUCAAGAAGUUCAACGUCACCAAGAAGAACGAAAAGCACCACACAGCGAGAAAGAGCCGGACCUGGAUGGACACCUUUAAGCUGGCCGGCGGCACCAAGGCGAUGGGCGAGGCGAUCGGACGAGGCAUGGUGAUGUCCAUGUCGGUGUGGGACGACGGCCUCGGCAGGAUGAACUGGCUCGACAGCGAGAAGACGCUCAUCGACGAGGAUUGCCUCGGGGGGCUGCAGGGGGCUCACCGUGUCAGGGUCUGGGGUCUAGAGGAGGAGAAGGAUAAGACGUUCAUUCUCGAGGUGCUCGGCGGCAGGGACUCGUGCACGCCAGACAACAUUAGCCACCCUGGGGGUCACUUCAAAGCUAUGGCUGCGCAGCCGGAGUUGAUGCUGCGAUUCUGCGUGUGGGAGUCGAACGGCGUGGAGAGGCAGAUUGAGGCUGCAGACUGCAGCCUUCAUUCCGACCGCGUCAUGGGCAUGGGCGCGAUAUUUUUUGCCAAGGCAGUGAGCUCCGCGGUCGCGGUGGCGGAGACCCAGUCGCCAGUGCAUUCGCCGCGGCAUCUGAACUUCACGGAAGUCAUUUCGCGCGGGUCGCGCACGUCAGCCUUGCUGAGUGAACCGGGGCGCCUGGUUGCUGCAUUCGACCGUCGCCCAGGUCAGGUGUUCGAAAACGCGAUCAACGCGGCAGGUUUGUCGCGCGUUGUUGCGAGCGCGCUGCUGCCGCAGCCCGGCGCAACCCUCUGGAUAUCUCCAUUCGUUGCUGGGCGGUCGUUCCUUCGUUCGAGACGCUAUCGCCGCACUAUCGAUGAACCUGCGGGUGGCGUCGAGAUUCCCGAGGUGGCGGAGGGCAGCGCCAUGGCAGCCCCGCCCGCGCUGGUGGCGCGCGGGCAGCGGGCGCGGCGCCAGCUGCUGAAGCGCCGCCCCGGCGCUGCCGGCGCUGGAGGCGUCAGUGGCAUCGGGCCCGCCGAGGAUUAUGGCCAUGGCCUCGCUAUGGAGGCGCCGGCAGUCACGCUGAGGUACAGUCGGGAGAUUCAGGAACGCAACGAAUGGUGCGUCAUGAAGGCUACCGUCAGCACUGUGGAUACUGAUGGCAGAUGGCACGUGCGCUGCCUGCUGCGAGACCCCGUGGAGCACUGGACGCUGUUCAGCGAGGCGCGCGGCUUCCUGGAGACACUGCGGUCGCGCGGAGCCACGGGCAUCGUCGUCAACCACUGCUGCUGGGAUCGCGGCGAGUACGACACCCAGGUGAAGUGGAUGAGGGCCCGACACGUCGUGGACAAUGCCAGCGUCAUGGACGAUGACGCCCGCCAUCUGCUGGACUUGCUCGCGUGGGACGUGGGCACGCCGUGUGCCGCCCACGACGCGCACGAGGCUCUCUGCUGGGCCACGGAACGGUUCGUGGCGGACCCCAAGGCCAUGAGCAAGGAACUGUGGAUCGUUGUGCACAGCCUUAAAAAUUCCAGUGCCGCCCUGAAAUCUUGGAUCCCGUCAGUGCUCAACGAGGUCGAGUUUCAUGAUCUGGGCGCCGAGGACAACGACGUCCAGGCUCGCUGGAAGACGCUCGGCCUCGACCCAGAGCUCGUCGACGAGCUCACUUGGGCUGCGCCUCGAGUGGCUGGAAACCGGCUGCACCUCCACCCGCGCGUCCUUCAGGACGCCAACUGGCAGGAGCGGGUGACGACCCUCGUCAUGGCCGCGUUCCAGUGGACAGAGGAUGCGUUCGAGGUGAAGCUCCGUGACAAGAUAGCCAAACUCAGGAGGAGACGGCCUGAGAACGACGACGGCAGGUGCGAGUUUUUCAAGACAGCAGUCCUUGCGCAGACCGCUGAGGCACAGGCGAGGGCAGACAUCGAUGACGACUUGGCUCUUUGGGAGGGCCUGCUCAACCUGCACCUGGCCAGGAAGGGCGCCGAGCAGCGGGACAUGGGCAUCAUGCAUCGUUUAACUGAUUGCAGGCUCACCGACGACGAGUUGCAGAGCGUAUGCUUAAUGUGGGAAGGUUGCGAGGCGACGGCCUCGCAAGUGGCAUCUCUGCGACAGGCAGCGCUGGCGCCAGUCGUUGUUCUACCGCCUGACCUGAAGGAUCAGUACCGGAGGGUCCCGACGCCACCGCAGUUCCCUGAUCAAUGCAAGGACGCGCCUGCUUGGGGGAAGAUGUUGGCACGGCAUCGAGAUCACAUGCGAUGCACGGCUUUGCACGUGCGCACGCCAGCGUCGGACAGGUGGUUCGCAUUCACGUACGCCAGGCAGCGACCUCACACCGCCAGCUUCUGCGAGAUGACGCGUCUGCCGGAGGAGCCACCCGAGAGGGUGGCGACGGGCGCGCAAGCAGAGCAGCGCGAACUGACAUCUCAUGCUUUCGUUUGGAACAGCCAAUUUAUAUACCGUCGUGACAUUGAUUUCCAGGCAGUGGAUCCUUCCCACAUUUCUGUCGUACCUUUCUUGACAUUCGCUUCGAACGGUAGAUGUUUCAGCGAUUUCGUGGAAAUGCCCCUGGAAGAGUGGUUCGCUCAGAUGCCUGCGCUCCUGCGGCGGGACACCGAGGAGACUGAUGAUGCGUUGCCAGAGUGGAUCACCCCGUACGACUUCGUUAAGCGGCCUUGGUUGAUUGAGCACCUGGCGCGGAAGGCCGGGGAGAGCAGCGAGGACGAAGGGGGGCCGCCAGCUCCUGCACCCCCGCGUGCUGCUGCAGCCAGGGUGGAGCCAAAGGUGGACGACAUUUUCAAGUACACUAUGGACAAACAGCUGGAGCACGUUGUGGCUCUCGCGCCGCGGGUCCCCGACUUCGUGGUCAUCUUGAGGAAGGGGAAGACGGCCCUUGAAAAGACCGGCCUGCCCAUCGACUUUGCCAGGGGGCAGGGAGGCACGCCCGAGGCAAAAAAAUGGUUGCAGGAUCGGGCAGGCACUAGAACCUUCGACGCUUCAUGGCGGCAGUUCGGCGAAUGGAAGUCGAUUGCUCUCUGUCAGUUCUGGUGCUACAAGAUGCAGUAUCUGUUCGACGCUCUCCGGGGGUACGAUCUGGCCUCGCACCACGAUGAGGGGGGCGCCGUCAAGGACCCAGACAUUCUCACCGAGCUCAUCCGGCAACUGGCCGACGGGGCCCCCCAUUGGGGGCGCAUUGAGCAGGAGCAGCAGGCGGCAGGCGAGGCCAUGCUGUCGACGCCGGCGAAGGCGCAGCCCGGCCCUGCAGGCACCACGCCGGUCAAGCGGAGCUUGUUCGAGCGGGCCGAGCAGGCCGAGUUCGGCAAGUCUUCGCGCUCCUCGGCGAGGGCGCGCUCUCAGGUCGGGAGGAACGCCGGCGACGCCGGCAAGCUCGCCGCGAUCAAGGCCCACUUUGGCAAGAUCGAGGACGACGUGCUCUACGGGGUCGUGCGGCAGGGCAAGAACUUGUGGCAGCGGGUGUGUGACGAUUGGGCGCAGCGGGAGAGCGAGGGGAAGAAGAAGCACGGGCCGGGGUACUGGCCUACCUUGAAAAGCUUGUACCUGAACCCGGAGAAGAUCGAGGGUGCUGGGCCGCAGGCCACCGUGGAUCCAGAGCUCUUGAAGGGCAUCGAGUCGUACGGGGCGUCGACGGGCAAGAGGAGCUCCAACGUGCUGUUCACGUGGUUCGACACCGUGCAGACCGUGAACCCGGCCACUUUCGCGGAGCUCGCCAAGUUCGUGAGGGGCUUGACCCCGUUGACGGUGACCCUGGACAAAGAGGCUACGCUGAAGGUGAUGGACCUGGUGAACCGGGCGGGGCUCCGGACCACCGCGUACUUGGAGAGCUUCAUUGACAUGAUGGACAUUUUCGACUUGGUUCUCCUGCAGCUGCUCGGCAUGUCGAAGCGCGACAAGCGCGGCCUCCGGAGCUUCUUCCAGGCGGAGGGCUCCCGCCUCGGCCUGCUCAUGGACAUGGACAUGGCGUGGGCGAUCAUCGACGAGCAGACGGACAUGGCCAGGCAUAUCGGGCACGCGGUCUUGCUCUCCGGCCAGUGCAAGACGGCAGAGCAGGCUUUCAAGGCCACGAAGAACGACGUCGUCGUCGCGCACCUCUCGGCGUUCGUGAGGCAGGAGGUGAAGACGUGGGACGGCCACCGCGUCACGAAGGCGGUCGUGGAGAGGGCGCGGGAGGCGUGCCUGCAGGAGGCAAAACGCGUGAACGCUUUCUUGGGGGAGGUCCCGGAGCGCAAGGUGGACUUGGUGCUCGCGGGCCAGGACAUCCAGAUGGCCGUGACGACUUUCGGGCAGGAGGUGGAGUUGGCGCUCCACUGCGGGAAGAAGAACCGCAGCUGGGGCAAGGGCUUGGUGGCGCUGUGGCUCGAGGCCGGCCUCGUCGCGCAGGGGCGCGAGGACGACGGCUCCACCGUGGGCGAGACCGAGCUCGCCGGGUACAACACGUCGCGCGGCAUCAUGAACGAGCUCGCGGAGAGCCUGUCGCCGACGCUGGACGGAGCAGCCGUCAUCCGGUUCCUCCUGUCUCGGAGCAGCCGGUGGCUCACCCACGACCCGAGUGGGAUGUGCGACGUCGCGUGGUUGCGCAAGUUUGCGGGGCAGGCCGGCGCCGAUUCCAUGUGGCUCAUCACGAAAACGAAGCUCCCGCACCCGGCUUACCCGAACGAUGCCCCGGCCAUCCUCGCCUCCCUGCGUGAUUUCCACGAGAGCCGCGUGGCUGGCUUCUGUGGGAGGGCGCCGAAAUCCGAGGUGAAGACGAUCAUCGAUGCCAUCCAGCAGUACGUGAAGGACGAGCGCAUCACGCCGGAGACCGUGAACAUCGCCGACGCCGCCAAGAAGCGAGAGGCCCUCGAGCGCAUCAGCCAUCUGUACCACAAGGAGGUCACGAACGACGCGAACGGCAUGACUGUGACGCUCACUGGGGCGAAGGCGCUGAAGCACCUGCUCGGCGCCUUGCAGCAGAAGGUGGCGCAGGGCGACAACAUCAGCGUGAACGACACCAUGCCGCUGAAGGUGCUGAACUACGUGUUGGACGAGGACGACCAGAAGCUCAGGCUGAGGAUCACCGAGGAGGCGACGACGCUGCUUCGGGAGCAGUCGGCGGCUGGCGUGGUGGACGCGGCCACCAUGCAGGUCGUGGAGUCCCUCGGCGUCGUCGACGCCCCGCGGAUGCACCCGAAGGAGAUGCUCAGCGUGGUGCCGGCCGGGCCCAUGUCCGAGGGGAGCGCGAGCUCGACAGGCGCCGAGAGGCGUGCCAAGAUAGCUCGGGUGGCCAGCGUCUUCUUGAAGAAGCAGGAGGGCGCCUGA